UCUCCUGGUUGCAGUCCGACAGCACAGCAAGCAGCAUAUUCAAUUUUUAUUUUCUGAAACAGUUCCUCUGUGACGCGACGAUGUGGAUUUACAAGCUCAUGUUCGGACUCUUCGUCAUUUCUUGUUCUGAGGGCAGAAGAAACGCUCUCCAGGACUACCAGAAGACAGAUGGUUUGCGACUGGUUGUCGAGUCUCCGGAUUCCUCCCACCUGACCAAAAGCAAGAAAAUAAGCAUGGCAAAGUGUGCCAAAGCCUGUAGCCGUAACAAAAGAUUACCUUUCAGCUGCAGAGCGUUCCUCUAUGAUCAUAAAAACAGGAAAUGCCAGUGGCUGCCGUUCGACAGGAACUCACCAGGAGUUCAGAGCCAACAGGAUUUCAACUACCAACUGUAUCAAAAGAAAGACUAUGUGAGGGAGUGCAUUGUGGGUACAGGUCAGAGCUACAGGGGACGGAGGUCGGUGACAGUGAGCGGGAUCCUGUGCCAAGCCUGGGCCUCUCCUAUUCCUCAUGAGCACAAAUUCAUGUCUAAGAAAUUCAGGAAGAAGGACCUCAGGGAAAACUUCUGUCGCAACCCAGACAACUCCACCGUUGGACCAUGGUGCUUUACCACUGACCCCAGCCCACACCUCAGACACCAGGAGUGUGGUAUACCACAGUGUUCACAGGUUGAAUGUAUGCACUGUAAUGGGGAAGAUUACAGAGGACCCAUGGACCACACAGAGAGUGGAAAGGAAUGCCAGCGCUGGGACCUGGAUGAUCCGCACAAACACCUGCACCACCACAAGAGGUACCCUGACAAGGGCCUGGAUGAUAACUACUGUAGGAACCCAGACGGACGCCACAGACCCUGGUGCUUUACCACAGAUCCAAACACACCCUGGGAGUACUGCAACAUCAAAGUUUGUGAAACAACUCCUACAAGUGACGUGGUGGAAACAACCGAGUGUUACCAGGGCAGAGGAGAGGGUUACAGGGGGACGGUAGACGUGUUGCCAACUGGACUCAUCUGCCAACGUUGGGACUCUCAGUAUCCCCAUAACCACACAUUCAUACCUCAAGCCUACCCCUGCAAGGACUUGAGAGAAAACUACUGCCGGAAUCCAGAUGGCCGAGAAUUCCCAUGGUGCUUCACUACAGACCCAAGAGUCCGCACCACGUUCUGCACCAACAUCCCUCAGUGCGGCACCCGAAACAAGCCUGGCAGCGACUGCUAUGAAGGUUUUGGAGAGAAUUACCAGGAAGAACAGUCGAGGACUAGAUCAAACCUGCCCUGUACUCCCUGGAGAGACCACAGCAACAGUGGUGAGAGGGGCAUGCUGACGGCUGGUCUGGAGGGAAACUACUGCAGGAACCCUGAUAAAGACAAACAUGGCCCCUGGUGUUACACCAACAACUCUGCCAUUCCCUGGGACUACUGCAAUGUAAAGCCAUGUGAUGCUUCGCAGAACACCAUUCCACUGGGUGAGCUAUCCUCUGUGGGGUGUUUUGUCCAUAAAACAACCAGGAUCGUGGGAGGAGGUCCGGUGGGCAUAUCAGACGGCAGCUGGAUGGUCAGCAUACAGAGAGGGUCGCAGCACUGGUGUGGGGGUUCAUUAAUACGAGAGGAAUGGGUACUCACUGACAGACAUUGCUUCUCCUCAUGUGUUCCAGACCUCAGUGAAUAUCGGGUGUGGCUGGGAGUCUCAGAUCUUCAAGAUGGUGCUCCAGACUGGUCCAGGAGACAGGAAGUGAGCAUAGCUCAUGUGAUAUGUGGUCCUGAGGGCUCCAGCUUAGCCCUCAUAAGGCUGUCCAAGCCUGCCCUUCCUGCAGACAAUGUGCAUACACUUCAGCUACCCGUGGCUGGGUGCUCCAUCCCAGAAGGAAAAAUAUGUAAAAUGUAUGGAUGGGGCGAAACAAAAGGCACUGGCCAUGAUGACGUGCUGAAAGCUGUUGACCUGCCCAUUGUCAGUAAUGUGAGGUGCAGAGAGAUGCACAGAGGGAACCUUCACAUCACCAACACCAAGAUCUGUGCAGGAGGCAGGAGGAAUGAAGGAGUGUGUGAGAGGGAUUACGGCGGCCCUCUUGUGUGUCAGGACGGUGAGAUCAGGGUUAUUGUUGGAGUGAGCGUCCAUGGCAGAGGCUGCGCUCGGGCAAACCAGCCUGGCAUCUUCAUCAAUGUGCCCUUCUACACACAGUGGAUCUACAAGGUGUUCAAACAUUACCCUAACCCUGAGACUCAGUAGAGAAGGAAACAGAACCAGGGGACUAAAUCAAACGUAGAGCUUCUACUUCUGUAAAUACAGCUGUGCUCUCAGGACACCUGGUUUCUAUGUUGUUCAUGGCCCAUAGAUCCUUGAGAACCUGAUCUGAGCACCGUUAAAUGCAUGGGGAAACACUGUGAUUUAAAUACAUCAUAAACAGAUGCUGACUUACUGGUUAUUUGAUUGAGUUGGGAGCAAACAUUUAGUUCCCUACAUUUGUAAAGGUUUUUUUCUUUGCAAGCACGGCCACCAGAGUGGUGUGUGUCUGUGGUAAUACUCUUGAGUCCUGGCAUUACUUGAAUGUUAAAACACCAAAGUGCAGUGGUUCAGCAGCUCCUUUUGAAGAGUACAUCAAUGGGCCACUUAGAAAACAACCCAGUGGUAGGGCAAUGUUAAGGGCACUCUUGUCAAGCUUCAUGUAUCUCCAGGGGGCUUAGAUAAAGUGGCCCUCACUGUACAUAGUAUUUUAAUGAGUGUAUUUGUGACACUCUAAAGGUUAUCUGGGUCUUAUAGAUCUAUGACAAGAGGAAUAAUGUUGAGGUAGGCAGAUAAAUGAUGUACAGUGUGUUAUCUGCGGUUCCAGUUUUCAGCCAAGUUUUCUCUUAUAAUGAUUUCAGCUGUACUAAAAACAUGACCAUUUUCAGUAUUAUAAUGUUAUCACAAAGCCACUGACUGUAUAUAUGAAUGUGCUCUUUUCAUUCUGUGUAGAUGAAAGGAAUGUAUGGCUUGUCAGCCUAUAGGAUUUGAAAAAAAAGCAGAAAAUGUAACAUCAAGUUCUUUCCUCUUUUCAAUGUGGAAUAUUUUCCUCUAAAGCAGUGACAAUAUAGUGUGGUGUGUGUGUGUGUGUGUGUGUGUGUGUGUGUGUGUGUGUGUGUGUGUGUGUGUGUG